UGCGAGGGGCGCUAUACUAAGAGUGAGAUGGGAUGGUGGCGGCGUGGGCCGUCUUGCCUCUGCUGGCAGUUGUCGCGGGAGACGUCAUCUUCAGGGUGCCAGAGGUGUUGGUCCGACACGCGGCAGCUUCCAAGCCAGUGGGCACGGGGCGCGCGAAUACCUCCCGCGUAAACAACUCGGAGCACCUGAGGCACGACGACAGCGUCGUGGAGGUGCGCUACGAGGAGUACUUCGUGGAGCACGACAUCUCCACCGCCGACGCCCGCAAGGCCGCGGCAGAGCUCCACCUUGACGAUGUGCCUUCAACCCGCGCGGGCUGCGGCACCUGCAGCCGCAGCGAGAUGGAGUACUGCGAGACGCGCGUGCUGGCCGACCAUUGCUGCUGCGAGCGGCGCUUCCUGCCCGAGCCGUUCCCCUGGCUACCACACACUUGCUACGUAGGACCAGCGCGAUGCCGGCCAUUGGCACACGACUGCGUGCGGUAUGCGCGCCUGAGGGACUGCUGCUGCUACCGCAAGCUGGCUGAGCGAU